ACGAAAAACACUUUUCUUGAAUAGAUGUCUAGUGUCGAAAGAAUGGACAUGUCGCACUCAAGAAAACCGAGCUUAAGGAGUUAUCUUCAAGAUUUCUCCGGUUACACUACUUUGCAUGGACUCUCUUUUGUCUUCGGAUCUGGUGGAAUAAUCCGUCGAGUUGUUUGGAUGCUUUUGGUACUAGGUGGUGUAGGUAUUUGUACAAAGCAAUUGAUAGUUAGUUUUCAGAAGUUACAAGAUCAUGAACAUGUCAUUAGCAAGGACAUUAUUCCUGAAAGCAAGCUGACUUUUCCCGCCGUCACCAUAUGUAACAUAAAUAUGAUGAAGAAGUCUCGCAUAAACGGUACAGAAGCGCAGGUCUUCAUUGACAAGCUGAACCCGUUCAAGACUUCCAAAGAGCUUUCCAAAAGACAAUUGAACGAUAGUUUUGAUAUUUCAAAAGCUGUCAAAGAGCACGGAUACAAAGUUAAAGAUUUGGUGAAAGUCUGUGUUUGGGACGGGAAGGAUGGAAACUCAUGCAACCCCCUUAAUAACUUUACCACUAGAUUUUCGUAUCUUUACGGGCAAUGUCAUACAUUCAAUUCUGGGCAACACGGACACCCUCUUCUGUCAUCCACUUCUAGCGAACUAGUGAAUGGGCUUAUACUACUAUUAGAGGUCAGGAAAGACGAGUAUUAUGGGUUAUCAAGCUAUUUUAAUGCAGGUGCUAGAGUAGUGGUCCACGAUCAAAUCGAACAGCCAAACAUAGAGCGUGAUGGAAUUGAUAUUAAGACACGUUCAAUGACAACCAUCAAAAUACAGCGUCAUGAGUAUAACCGCCUCAAACCUCCCUAUAAAUCAAAAUGUGGCAGCAAAAAACUAGAGACGUCCAAGGUAUACAGUCUAAGUACCUGUCUACUUGAAUGCAGCACACGAAAAGUCGUCAAAAAAUGCGGCUGCAAACUGUUUGGAAUGGCGAACCUUACAGAAUUCAGCCAAAUAAAAUACUGCAACCCAGACGAAAUGAUUUCAUGUGGAGUAUACACCAUGACCAAGAAAAAAUACCUGAGGACCCUGAGCAGCAUUUUGUCAACAUUGACGUUUGGUUACCGCCUGCCCAACAAUCCUCAAGAAUGUGGCUGCCCUCGGCCAUGUAAAGAGAUCAAAUACUCAACGCGAGUAAACGACGCCAACUUCCUUACCAGUGACGUGUUUCUCGAUGACGUAGCAGAUUCUAUAAGUGCCAUAACUAAAUAUGUUUCUAGAGUCUAUUUAAAAUUUCUUUUGGACAAGAAAAGGGAUACCGUGAUUCACUUAAGCGUUCAUUAUGAGGACCUGAAUAGAUACAUUACAACCGAAAGACCAUCUUAUGAUAUCAACCUGUUUGGUGCGGAUGUUGGCGGUUACAUUGGUUUGUUCUUGGGAUGCAGUGUUAUUACCAUUUUUGAGUUCAUCGAUCUUAUCAUUGUUUGUUGUCUUGGAAGAUGUCUACAGGCCAAAACGAAGGAACGCAAUACAAAUGAUGAUGAAGAACAACAUGAUGAAACUCAUUUAAAUGAGAUGUAAUUAGUUAUAUGUAACCAUAUCUAGAUAUUCAUUGAAAAAAUCAUUAACUUAAAUGAUCAAAAUUAUUCAUGAGCUUAAUUGACUGAUUGACAAUUUGAUUGAAUGAUGAACUGACUGAUUAUUUAAAACUAAGUUAACUUUAUAAUAACCACAUUUCUUAGUACGUAAUUUCGAGAAUGUGCAACAUUAAAGCUUAAUACAGCUAAACAGCUAA